AUGAAGCUCGCAACCGUCGUCCUCUUCGCAACUGGCGCCAUGGCUGCCGCCAAGGUCCAUCGCCACCGUCACCGCCAUGCUCCUCCCGCUCUGCUCAACCGCGAGGCCAACCCCAACGUCGUCACCGUCGUCGUCUACAUGCUGGAUGGCGUUUCAAUCUCCGAGGCCGAGGUCCAGGAGGGCAUCAAGAACGGCACUCUGAUCUGGGGUGACGAUGGCGCCCCACAGGUUGCCUCCACUCCUGCCUAUACCCCUGCCUACACUCCGACUCCUACUCCCAGCUCCGCUGCCAUCAAGGUCGAGGCCUACUCUCACUACGUUGCGCCCUCCAGCGUCGUCGCCUCGAGCGUCGUCGCCCCGAGCGCUGCGCCUGCUCCCUCCGCCGUCUACAGUGGAGGAGACGGCUCCGAGGGCGUUGACACGCCGUUCCCCACUGGCCUUCCAUGCACCAAGUUCCCGGAAGGAUAUGGCGCUGUUAAGAACACCUACAUGGGUCUGGGUGGAUGGAUUGGCAUCCAGAAUCCCGGUGGAACUGCCAUGGGAGCCACCGGCUUGGGCUACACCGACAUUGCUACGAUCCCCAAGGGUUCUUGCGAGGAUGGCUCUUGCGUCAAGGAUGGAAUGUUCGUGUCCUACAACUGCCCUCCCGGGUACAGCAAGUCUUCCUGGCCCAAGAUGCAGGGUGCCACUCUCCAGUCUGUCGGCGGUCUACUCUGCAAGAACGGCGAGCUUGAAUUGGCUGAUGGCGCUAUCGCGAAGACUCUCUGCGUCAAGGGUACCGAUAAGGUCACUGUCAAGGUCCAGAACACGAUGAGCAAAUGCUCCUCCAUCUGCAAGACCGACUAUCCUGGCACCGAGGGCGAGACCGCUGGAGUCUAUAUUGCAGGCGGCGAGACACAAGAACUUUUCUGCCCCAACAAGGACGAGUACUACUUCUGGGACGGCAAGGGCACUUCUUCUCAAUACUACGUGAAUCCCGCCGGCUAUGAACCGCAGGAUGCUUGCUGGUGGGGUCAACCCGGAAAGCCACUGGGCAACAACGCACCCAUGAACAUUGGUGUGGGAUACAACCCGGUCGAUGGAAAUGCCUACAUCUCCCUCUUCCAGAACCUUCCCACCAACUCCGUGGACUUCCUCGACUAUACCGUGGAGGUCACCGGUGACACCGUCAACGGUAAAUGCAAGUACUCGAACGGCCAGUACUGCGCCGGCGACGACUGCAAUACCGGUGCUGGAUGCACUGUAAGUUGA